CAAAAGUUGUCUGUUGGGUUUGGGUUUAAUUUUUUCAAAUAAAGUAGAGUUUUUGUUGUGGUUUAUAUAUUUUGUCUACCUUCUUCACUCAGUAGGUUCUAGUGGUUUUAUGUCCGUUGUUUUAAGGAGCUAACUAAAAUUAAACUUUCCCAUAAAAUAACGAAAUCAUGGAGGAAACGCAAGAUAUAAAUAAGCGUAUUUUAAAAAACAGAAAGGAGACCGAAAAACUUGGAGACGAACUUCAGGCAUUGAUUAAUGCAGGUUUGGGAAAAACAAAAGUGCAGCAACAAGAAUUGGGAAAUAUAGAAGUGAAAGAUCCUUCAGUACAAAAAGUUCAGAUUGAUGAAGUAUACAAUGCACCAAGUCAAAUGCCUGGAAAAAAGAAAAUAUCACAAGAUCAUUCCAAAGAAACAUCAAAAAAAGGCAAAACAUACAAUGUAGAAGAAGCUAGAGAAUAUAUAAAGAAACAAAAACAGAAACGUCUAGAAGAACGAAAGCUAAGUGCUGAGGAUAAAAAAGUUUCAUUAGAAAUUAAGCAAAAAAAGUUACAAGAGCUUCAUAAAAAGGCUACAGAAUUAGUACAAAAAAAUUUAGGGGCUAAGAAAAGACCCAAAUCUAGAGAUAGGGCUGAUUAUGUUAGACCAGACACAGAUCACUUUCUAAGGAGUAAGUCUGCUUCUAGGGUGUCAUCAGUAAAAAAUAUAGAAGCAGGACAGUCUUCAAAAGAAAUGCAGCAAAGUUCAGUAAAAGAACAACAUGCAAUAAAAACUAAAGACAAUAAAAAAAUAAAUAUACUGCAAAAUAUUGAAUUAUUUGAUUUCAAUGUUUAUGAAACUUCAACAAAAGAAACACAGACACCUAUUGACCCUUGCACUCCAUUUCCAAGAUGGCUCCUAGAAUCAUCUGCUGCUGCUACUCCACAUAAUGUGAUCAAUGCUUUCAGGAGUAAGCUUACUUUUGGUGCUAGGCCUGGUACUAGGUGUCCAGAUUUUAAAAUUGAACGACCCUCAACUCCACCAGAUCUUCUUCCACUUGAAAUGCCUGAAUCACCAACAAAGUUUAAUUUAGAUCCAAAAACUGUAGAACACCUUGAACUAAAACCCUCUGUAGCUCCAAGUGUGUCCAAUCUUUCUGGUAGUGAGUCAGAUACGUCUAAAAACAUUCCUGAGAUAUCUAGUGAGAGUGGUGCUAUCCCAAAGAAAAAGACAGAAUCUGUUAAAAAAAAUGUAUUCUCUGAUGUUAAUUUUUCCAUCAACACAUAUAAUAUUGAUAGUAUGCAACUUAAAAAAGGAGGAGCCAUCAAUAUUCAGUCAGACCUGCCUGCUAUCAUUAUAACAGAUGAAGAUGAUUAUUCUUUUGACCAUCAAAGGCUAGAAGAAAGGAAAAAGUCUAUCAUUAGUUUAGGGAGUCCAGAUGGCCAAGGAUUCAGACACUCUGUAAAUAAAUCAUCAAGUAGUAUAAAGACUGAUCCCCAGUUAACCCCAGCACAUUCCAAAAAAAUUCCAGGCUCAUCUGGUCCUCACUCAAGUCAAACACCCAUACAUUCCAAAAACAUUCCAUGCAUCAAACCUGGAGCUAAAGCUCAAUUUAGUGAUAGUAGUAAUAGGAGUCCUAGUCAAGAAUCUCCACCUCGUCUAAGUAAGGGCAGCUUUAAAGAGCAUGCAGGAGGUUCUAAGAGUAGUAAAACUACACCUAAACAUAAUAAUGAGCUUAGUGAAAAGCCCUCACCUCAGAUAAGUAAAACAAGCAGUAAGGGACACAAAAGUUCAGAGUUGAGGAAAGUUGACCCAGCACAGAACCUGCAAAGGCCAGAUAGAUUUGUAAAUGCCAAAAGAGGAAGUGGUUCUUCUGUCUUUGAUGAUGUGGUUUUCAAAUUUGAGCAACCUAAAACCCUAGUAAGAGAAUCAGAUGUCAGCAUUGAUAUAUCCCAAGCAAACCAGACCAAAAGUGAAUUAAGUAUUGAAACUACAAGUGCAGAACCAAAUUUAAAUAAAAAUGGGGCUGCUAAAUUAAUGCCUCUCAAAGAGCCUACUACCCAAAAUUUGCUUACUCGAGAUGAUUUUGUAAACACAAAAAGUGGAAGUGGUUCCUACAUAGCGUCCGAUGAUUUAGUUUCAAGGAUUGGACAACCUGAAGCUCUCCUCACAGAUUCAUAUGUCAGUACAGAGAUAUCCCAAGUACACCAGACCAAAUGUGAAUCAACCAAUAUCAAGACUACAAGUGCAGAAACAAAUUUGGAUAUUGGUGGGGCUGCUAAAAUAAUGCCUCUUGAAAAACCUACUGCUUCUCUAAACAUUAAUGAUGAAAGUAGAAAUAACCAUGACUGUAACAAAUCUAGAGUGCUAAAGAAUAUAUGCAUCAGGACUAACAAACAAAAUGAGAAUCCCAACGAGAUACAUCUGAAAUUUGAGGCUGAAAUUCAUCUUCUCAAUGACUUCAAUGAAUCUCUUAGGCAAUUAGCUGAAGUUGAAAAGGCUUUUGAAACACUAAAAAACGACAGUGUCUCUAAGAAAUACCUGGCGGCAACAAAGGACACUUAUACCUCUGCCAAGUCUUUGGAUAGUUCUGAACAGUAUAACAAAGAGAAUAGCGUCAUAUCUAGUGUUAAUUACUCCAGGGGUUCACUAAGUGAGGCUCCUGUGAAUUCUGCAUUAGAAAGCAGUGAUAGCAGUUUAGUUUUGACCGGUCUUGAACUGUCAAAUAUGGAAAUUAGCCAAAAAUCUUCGACUAUAAGGAGCUCUGUGGAGUUGGUCAAUUUGAAAAACAACGUAGAUGAUCAUUUCACGAAGAUGUCGCUGAAUCUCUUCGAACAGCUGAUAAAAGACGAAGAUACACGGCUUGAAAAUUUGAAGACGAUUUUGAAAAUUCGUGAAAAAGCCCUACUGGACAGAACUAAAGGAGAAUUGGCCUGGUUAGAGAUUCAGAGGAAGCAUCUAAAAGAAACGGGAAAACUUCAAGAAGCAUCUACCAUUAAAAAGAAGCAGAGAGGAAUAAUAUUGAAUCUCCAGAAAGAAAAGAAUGAGAUGCAAAGGUUAAAACAAAUGCAAAAAGCAGCUUCAGCAAAAAGAAAAACGGCUUUAAAAGAACAAUCUAGUCAGCUAAGGCAGCAACUGGUAACAACUAAUAUGAUGUCUAAGAUGAAAAUAAAUACCUCAAGGGAAAGACGGUUGUCAGGUCCAAUAAAGGUAUUACAGAGUAAAACCGAGUCAAUACGUUCAGAAACUUCAAUGUCAAGGAAGAGUUCAACAGAUAGAGAUAAAGAAGUGUACAGUAUAGCAUCGCACCAAUCGAUUGUUAGCAGGGUGUCAGAAUUUUCGGAGAUUGAAGUUUCAUCAAGAGCGAUAGAAUCGGAAGUUGAGAAUAGAUUGGCUUCUUUAAGAAAGAACCUGUUAAUGAAAGAAGCUGCCUUGAACGAACGUAGAAAAGCAGCCGAGGAGCUGUUGCAAUGCCACCAGAAGCUUUUGGAAGAGGAAAAACGGGUAAUCGAAUUGGAAUCCAUGGCCAAAUCCAUCAUCUGUCAAAAGAGCGAUGCGACGAAAAAAAGGAAAACCUGGAGUGUUCCAGUUCCGCUUAACAUUCCAAAGACGUCAGACAAAGACAAAACGCCCCUUGAUUAUGCUUCGGACUUUGAAGUUGAGUCCAUAGUAGACGUUGUGGACCAGAACAUAAAGGAUCUCAUGAGCAGCUUUAGCAAAGUCCAAGAUAAUAUCUCCAUGCUCGGAAUAUCAAAGUCAAGUAAAUCUGAUGAAGACGAGAAUAAGGUGGAGGAAAAUUCUGUGAUAGAAGCUAAGAGAUCCAAGAAAAGCUCUGCUGGCACCAUAUCUUCGAUUAACAGUGUUAGUGGACCCGUAGCGACGGAGAUAUCUGAAAGAUUGUCGAAAUCUGUUAGUCCGAGAGCUUCUGAAGCAUAUACGACUGGAGAAGAACGUUCUAUAGUACCUCAAAUUGCUAGUUCGUCAAUCGAGAGUGAGGAAAAAAGCACUUCUGAACUUGAAGUUUCUGAAAAACUACUACCAUCUAUGGAAACAACGGUGGUUUCAGAAAAUGUGUAUGAACCACUCAAUAAUGAGAAAGGCAUUUCAGCUGAGAUGUCGCCAGAUGUUUCAGAAAAGCCAGGAGUUAUGAAAUCUGACUUAGCUUAUGGAUUGAAAACUAGUAUUGAGUUGUCAGAAGAAGUCUUGAAGUCAUUACAGAGACAGAAUACUACCUCAGAAAUAAGAUCAGUACAGGGAGGGCAAAACGAUAUCUCAAAAAUAUCAAAAUCUUCUGCUCCAUCGCUCACAAUGUCCAAAAAAAGUGCUGACCAAGUUUGCGUCAUCUCUGAAGCGAUUGAAAAACUGUCCGGUUCGUUAUCAGGAAUUGAGGAGUUGAGUGAUACUUUUGUUAAUGAAGAAGCUCCAGAAGCUCUGGAAAGAGAGUCUGUUUCAUCAUCAGAAAUCAAUGAAGCUUCAAGAAUAAAGGCAACUUCACAGAGUUCAGACAAAGCACUGGCCAGGAAAAGUGUUCAAGAUAGAUCUCAAUUAGUGGUUAGUGAUAACGUAGAUGUUUUGGAAAAGGUUGUCGAAUCAUUGUCGGAACUCAAAGAUUUGAGUGAUUCUUCAAAAACUAAGGGUACAAAUAUUGAAGACCAACCUCAAUCAGUGGUUAGCGAUGAAGUGGUAGAUAUUAUUUCUAUACAAAAAUCAUUGUCUAAAAAAGGAAGUAAGGAAGUUUCUGUCGUACCUGAGAUUAUAAAAAAAUCAUCUGACAUAUUGUCAGAUAUCGAAGUUUCUGUUGCUUCUUCUGAAACUAAAGCAACCUCAUAUACGUCUGAAGAAUGUCUGCAUAACUCGAGGACUAACAAGGAAAAUGAUUCCGUACAAUCAUAUGAAAUAACUCCUGCAGGUUCUGCUGAAGUUUUUUCUGAUGAAAUAAGUGAAAGAUCUUCGAAGGUAGCAGAAGACGUCAGUCCAAGAUCAAAGCAAUUAGGUCUCGUCUCUGAAACUAUAGCAACUGCAUGUUCUACAGAACCUGAUGAAAUUAUCUCGGUGAUAGAUGGUAAAGAGGAGGAUGAAGUAGGAAAGUUUUUAGAGACAUCAAAGUGUGAGAUUUUCCAUAAAAGUGAAGAAAAUGAUGCUCGGAAAACAACGUCAGAUGAAGUUAGCAAAACAGCAACUGCAGAAAAAGUACCUGAAGAACAUGGAUCCUCAAUAUUAUCCCCAGAAGCACCUCCUAUUUCUAUAGAAGGUCUAUCUGAAAGUGAUGAUGGAGAAGUUGUUCCUAAAAGUAGAAUAUCCGAAAUAGUAGCAGAAGCUUUACGACAGGUAUAUGGAGUAGAUGAGGGUUUGUACAAGGAUUCUGCUCUUAAUUCCGACGUUUCCUCAAACAAGAUCAGUGGAAGACUGCCAGAAGCAGUGACAGAAUAUAGUGAAGAGGCAAAGAAAGUUGGAGAAUCUCAACUAUUGUUAUUGAACGAAUAUUAUGCAGUGUCUAACGAAGAUACGUCGGAAGCGGUAGCAGGUGAAGAAUUCAAGCCCGAAGAAGGCAUUCCAUGUGAACUGAAAAGUAUUGUAGAACAAUCUGAAAAUUGCGAAAAACUUAUUUCGGAGAAGGCGGUUGAUUCGGAAGAAAUUGAGGAACAUAUCGCAACUAAGGUAGAUGAUGAAACUAAUGAAAAAAUGAAUGCUGCGGAAGUAGGAGUUUUCACAGCAGAAUUGGGUGAGAAUGAAUUGAAAGAUGUAAUAUACACCGCAGUAAAGGAAGGAUUGUUUUCAGUAUUAGAGAGUGCAGCUAGCCUCAGUAGCACACUAGACCGAUCCAUAUCAGAACGUUUUGCCAAAACAGCAGAAGAAGCAAAAUCCACCGAAAAAGAAAGUAACGUGCCGUGUACUAGCUAUGAAGCGAAUCAAAAAUCUGUUGUAGAACAUUUGGAGACUGAUAUAGACGAAGAGCUGUCACUAGAUGCCAGCGAAGAGCAAAAUAUCGCAACUCCGAUUCCAGUACUUGAGAUCAGCGAUGGCUCUUUCUCAAAGUCUAGCUCUAACAGGGAAAUACUGGAUUUGAGCUAUGGGGCAGUGGAAACAUCUCCAACCAAAGAAGAAAUCAAUUCGUAUGAAGAAAAGGAGCAAGAUUCGUUGUCACAAGAGAUCGAAGAAGAUUCGGUUAGUGUGUCUCAGAAGCCUGUGAAGAGUGUCGAUGUGAAGAAACGCGUUUCAGAGAUAAUGGCUGAUGCCAAUUUGACUAGGGGUGAUAAGAGUCCGAGGUUGCAGGAUAUUUACAUCACUACUUAUGAUUUGAUUUCCCCGGCCAAUUCUCCAGAGUAUGGAUCUCCAAUAAAUGUGAAUAAACCUACUCCUGCAGUCAGUAUAUUUGGCGAAGAAGCAGAAGAGAUUUUUAAGAAGCAACUUGCAAUCGAGCAAGAGAUCAAAGCAAUCACAGAACAGCAACAGAAAGAACAACAACUCCCAUUCCUAUUCGUGAGGGAGAUACCGAAUAAACCUCCGCCACCAUAUACGCCUCCAUCUUCAUCUCCUUCAGCACCACCAGUGCAGUCCAUAGUACCCACGAAGGAAGAAAUAGAUGAAAUCACCAAAUACACCUCGAAGAUACUCUACAAGGCGCAUUUGGCUGGCAAGCUGGAUAAAGUUACUAUUUCUGAUAGUACUCUCAACCUCAUAGGCACCACUAUCAGCAAGGAGCGCUACAGGUUCGUCUUUGACUUAUGCAAAGAAAUCUGUAGAUGGCACUACGGGCAGUUUGAGGAAAGCACAUGCCCUAGCUGGUUGAAAGUCACUGGGAAACCAAAACUAGUUGUUGAGAAACCCCUAGACGCAGCAGGCUUAGAAAUGCACAUGACCAAAAAAUUGCGCGAAUUGUAUGGUUACGAAAAGCCAAUUAUCAGGGAGAACGCAAUCAUUAAAUGGUGCAAAAAGAAGCGGAACCACAUUGACGAGAUUUUGAUCACAGAAUCGCUGCAAGAAGAGUCACAGUGGAGGAAUUCCGAAUUGGAUAAUAAGCUUGUCAUGGACAAAAUUACAAACGAGAUUAUGAAUAUGCUGCUUAUUAAAGAGACUGAAGAAGUUUUUAGAAAUGUGUUUUGUAAAAAGAUAGUUCAGCGAUCAGAGUAGAUUGUUUUUUCAGCAAUACGUCAGAUGUGUGUAAAUUUUUUAUAUUUUGUAUUUGUUAUUACCGUUUACUGUUUUCAUGCAAGAAAUAAACUUGAUUUUUCUAUAA